AUGGCUCCCAACCGCAUCAUCAUCGACACUGACCCGGGCGUUGACGAUGUUCUGGCGAUGCUUCUCGCCCUUUCCGUCAACCCUGACGAACUCGAGGUUGCCAUGAUCUCCGUCACAUACGGCAACGUCGAACUUCAGAGCUGCCUCAAGAACGCGGUUGCGCUGUUCCACGUGCUGGAGAAGGAGUUGAUCUGGCGCAAGGAGAACGGCAAGGCCGAGAACUUUGGGACCCUGAAGACGCACAAGCCCAUCAUUGCCGUUGGCGCCGAGCACCCCCUGGAGGAUGACCAGCUCAUGGCUGACUACUUCCACGGCGUCGACGGCCUGCACGGCGUGCACACCGAGCACCCCCACCUCGAUGCCGAGGAUACGUGGAAGAGCCUCUUCCACAAGGACUCGGCCACCCUGGACCACGAUCCUUCCCCCUACUCCAAGUACUUCACAGCCUCCAAGGAGCCGGCGCACAAGGAAAUCCUCCGCCUGCUGCGCGAGAGCCCCAAGGACACGCUCACGCUGAUCGCCGUUGGCCCCAUGACCAACUUUGCUCUCGCCGCCGCCGAGGACCCGGAGACCUUCCUCAAGGCCAAGGAGGUCCUCGUCAUGGGCGGCGCUGUGAACGUCGAGGGCAACAUCACCCCCGUCGCCGAGUUCAACACGUACGCCGACACGGUCGCCACGGCCCGCGUGUUCGCCCUCACCUCGCCCUGCCCCAAGUCCACCAUGCCCCCGCUCUCCCAGACGCGGUCCUCGCUGCCCGCGUACCCGGAGAAGCUGUCGCGCAAGCUCAAGCUGACGCUCUUCCCCCUCGACAUUACGACGCCCCACCUCCUCAACAAGAACUACUUCACCGAGCGCGUCAAGCCGUUCGUCGACGCCGGCAGCCCGCUCGCCGUGUGGGUCAACCACUUCCUCAGCGGCACCUUCAACAAGAUUGACAGCCUCGUCGGCGACGGCAACGAGCCUGGCCUGUCGCUGCACGACCCCCUCACCAUCUGGUACGCCAUCACGCAGUCGGACGCCAGGUGGAAGGGCACGCCGCAGCUCGAGGACAUUCGCAUCGAGACCUCGGGCCAGUGGACGCGCGGCAUGCACGUCGUGGACCGCCGCACGCGCGCCAAGGUCGGCGAGGCGUCCGUCGAGCUCAGCGCGUCGACAACCGAGGACGUCGACGUGCUGACGCUGGCCGACGCCCCUGGCGACGACGACGGCUGGCUCAACGUGACCAAGGGCAACAGGAUCAACAGGAUCAUCGAGUCGCCAGGGGAGGAUGCGUUUGCUGAGUACCUGAUGAAGAGGGUUUUCGCGUAG